AUGGUUUCGUUUCUCUUUGUGACUGCUCCUGCCGCAGACAUAGAAACCAUCAACCGGGCUCUCCUACACAUGCGCGAAUGGGACACUGGAUUCGACGAGACCUUCGACCCUUGCAAGCUAAAAAUCGACAAAGCACCCUACACCGAAAACGCCAGUGAAGAUGAUGAACCCACUUCGCCUCCACUGAGAGAUCUCUCGGACAAUGCAUGGAGUGGUGCAAGCACAGAGGACGUGGAAUCUUACUGCUUUGAUUAUGUGCAGGCGGGUGCUCCGAACGAUGGGCACCUAUUUGCCAUACUUGAUGCUGCGGCCAUCGAAAGCAAGACCUGCAUUCUUGCUAACCUUCCUUACGAGUACUAUGAUGACCCAUCUACGUUUCGCGGAAAGUACAACAAGGUCCGCGUACCCUGGGAUGAGUUCUAUUUGAUGUGGUGCAACCUUGACAUCGCGAACAUGAAUUUUGAAGAGUUCACUGAGGAAGGGGAAGACGGAGGCGAUGAUCAAGGAUGGUUCACGUACAACAGCGUGUCCAAUGGAAGUGAUAUUAGUGAAGAAGGAGCUAAGAAAAGAGAUGCGAUGCUGGAGCGAUUGAGGCUGCAAGAGUAUGUUUGA